AUGGCGAGACUAACCUUCGCCGCCGGCGCUGGCGCCGUGGUGGUGGUGGCCACCGCGUGGCUCCUCGCCGCUGCUGGUGUAGCGGCCGGGGACCCGCCGCUCUCACCCAAAGGUCUCAACUAUGAAGUGGCGGCGCUGAUGGCGGUGAAGAGCCGGAUGCGGGACGAGAAGGGGGUGAUGGCCGGGUGGGACAUCAACUCCGUCGACCCCUGCACCUGGUCAAUGGUCGCCUGCUCCCCCGACGGAUUCGUCGUCUCGCUGCAGAUGGCUAACAACGGAUUGUCGGGGGCUCUGUCGCCGAGCAUCGGGAACCUCAGUUACCUGCAGACAAUGUUACUACAGAAUAACAGAAUAUCUGGUGAAAUUCCUCCAGAGAUAGGGAAGCUGGCCAAUCUGAAAGCUCUUGAUCUUUCAGGUAACCAGUUUAUUGGUGAAAUCCCGAAUUCACUGGGGCAGCUUACUCAACUAAAUUAUUUUGACAUAUCAUUCAACAAUUUAAGUGGUACAGUUCCAAAAAUCUAUGCACAUGACUACAGUCUCGUGGGAAACAAGUUCCUUUGCAAUUCCUCAAUUCUACAUGGCUGCACACAUCUUAAUGGAGGAACUAACGAUACAGUGUCUAGACCAUCGAAUAAAACGAAGAACCAUCAUCAAUUAGCAUUGGCGAUUUCCUUAAGUGUCACAUGUGCCACAAUCUUUGUUCUGUUCUUUGUAUGCUGGCUAAACUACUGCAGAUGGCAUUUGCCUUUUGCUUCUUCUGAUCAAGAUCUUGAAAUGGAACUGGGUCAUCUGAAGCAUUUUUCAUUUCACGGCCUGCAAAGUGCAACAGACAAUUUUAACUCAAAGAAUAUAUUAGGCCAAGGCGGUUUUGGUGUUGUUUAUAAAGGCUGUCUCAGAAAUGGAACUUUAGUGGCAGUCAAGAGGUUAAAAGAUCCCGAUGUUACUGGUGAAGUCCAAUUCCAGACAGAACUUGAGUUGAUUGGCCUAGCUGUGCACAGGAACCUUUUGCGCUUGUAUGGAUUUUGCAUGACCUCGAAAGAAAGGUUGCUCGUAUAUCCAUAUAUGCCAAAUGGCAGUGUUGCUGACCGCUUGAGAGAGUAUCAUCAUGGAAAACCUUGUCUUGAUUGGAGUAAACGUAUGCAGAUUGCUAUUGGGGCUGCCAGAGGACUACUAUAUCUUCAUGAACAAUGCAAUCCUAAGAUCAUUCACAGGGAUGUCAAAGCGGCAAACAUAUUGCUUGAUGGAAGUUUUGAAGCAGUCGUUGGGGAUUUUGGAUUGGCAAAACUACUUGACCGACAAGAUUCGCAUGUUACUACUGCAGUUCGGGGAACUGUUGGUCAUAUUGCUCCAGAGUAUCUCUCAACAGGGCAGUCUUCAGAAAAGACCGACGUUUAUGGGUUUGGUAUUCUGCUGUUGGAACUGAUCACUGGACCUAAAACCUUGAGCAACGGACAUGGUCAGUCCCAGAAGGGGAUGAUUAUAGAUUGGGUUAGAGAGCUCAAUGAGGAAAAGAAACUGGAUAAACUAGUGGACAGGGAUCUCAAAGAUUUGUUCGAUGUAGCCGAGCUAGAGUGUGCAGUCGACGUGAUUCUCCAGUGCACGCUGACCAACCCUAUUCUGCGGCCCAAGAUGUCAGAAGUUCUCCAGGCCCUUGAAUCUAAUGUGACGCUGGCGGAGAAUGGUGUGGACUUGAAUAGAGAAGCGCUGCUGCCUUAUGGAGGCUCUUGCAGUUUCUCUGUGAGACAUGGGGAUCCUCACGACUCAUCGUCCUUCAUAAUAGAGCCAAUUGAGCUAUCCGGUCCUAGAUGA